AAGCCAUCUUGGUGACGUCACUAAGAUGGAUGCCCGCCCGCUGCACGUGAUACGAUGGCUGUCAGUUCUCGCCUGAGAGCUCGGUAGUGAGCUUCGCUGCUGGAGGGAAACUGCGACAUGAACCGAAAGAAUAAUGUGUCGUUCGUGAAGCCGGAGCCUGCCUUCAUCCGCAGGUUCAAGGAGGGUGUUGGCUAUUCGCCAGGACCGACCGUGAAGACCAAGAAGCAACAGCUUGCUCCAGUUGACAGUGACAGUGGGCCAAGCGAUGCAGAAGAUGAGCAGCCACAAGUAGUGGUGCUCCGUCAGGGAGAUCUGACUGCUGAAGAAGCAGCGAAGUUCAAACAGGACACAGAAAGUUCAGAGAAAUAUGCUCCUGUUGGCCUGAAGGAAUUAAAAAUCUGUGGAACAGCUAACUGGAACAAGUCAAGACUGGGGUGGGGAGUGCUGAAAAUUUACAGCCAGAUGGUGGAAAGAUUGUGUUUAGGAAGCCAUCAAAGCGAUCCUCGGAUAAUAAAGUCACAGGAAUGUUCACCACAUCAAGCAAAAAGAAGAAAGAAGAUGCUAGUGACCAAACAGAAUUUAAAAGUUCGGGAAAUAAAUCCAAGCAAGUCAAGAACAGCAGUUUGCUUUCAUUUGGGUCUGAUGAUGAUGAAUAGAGUAGGAAGCACUCGCUUUGAGUGCUGAUUUACGUCAGAAGCCUGAAGAAUGGUUAAUGCGGGGUGGCACAAGAUGGGAGAAAUAAGUAUCGACCUGUGUGCAAUUAUUUUUGAUGAAGAUAGUGGAAGUCCUGUCUAUCCCCAGGUGUAUACAGUCAUAUUGCUGUAACAGUUGCACAGUGUCAGUUACUGUUUGUAACUGAAGAAGUGCCAGACUGUCUCUACCAUUCUGCAAAAGGGCUCAACUUCACUCCAAUAAUCCUGACUGUAGACUCCCAACCAGUAGAAUAAUUUUUAUGUCCCCUUUUUUUGGGUCUUCUAUCUUAAAUCGUGGUUUUGCCAUUUCCAUGGUUAAAGAAAUGAAGUAGCAAGUUAUGUCUUCAUUGUAUUUGAAUCUCCUGAAAAAUGUGUGUUCUGUAUUGUUACUUGAGCAUUGGUACAACACCAAAUCAUGAUGGGUGUGUAAUAAAAGAUGUAAAGUAUUCAUCCUUGAGG